AUGAAUACAUAUCCAAAGCUAUUUAUCUACUUAUAUAUUUUUUUAAUCAUUAUUAACAUAAUAAACUCUACCGAAUUAAUAACUGAAGAAAAUAUUACCAAUGAUUCAAAUCAAACUGAUGUUAUUCAACUUAAUGUUGGUGGUGAAUUAAUAAUGACAACUCGAUCGACUCUUACAUGUAUUACUAAUUCAACUCUUGCUAUUAUAUUUAAUGAUCGAUGGGAAAAUAUAUUAAGCCGAGAUAAACAUGGAAAUAUUUUCUUAGAUUUUAAUCCAAUUUUAUUUCAUCAUUUACUUGAACAAUUAAGAUUAAUCGAAAAUAAUGAAUCAAUUCUAUUCUAUCCUCCUUUAUUAUCAUCAUUAAUUAUACCAUAUGAAAAAAUGCUUAUAAAAUUAGGUUUAAAUCAAUUCAAUAAAUCAAACGAUGUUAUUCAACUUAAUGUGGGUGGAGAAAUUUUAACAACACGACAAAAAAUAUUAAAUCAAAUAACGAAUUACACAACAAAUCUAUUCAUAGAUUCUAAUCCAUAUGAAAUUCGUCAGUUAGUUAAUCAAUUACGACAACGAGAAGAAAUUGAAAUUAUAAUAGAGACUACAACGUUUAUUCCGGAGACUACAUCUUUCUUCACGACGUUUAUUCCAGAAACGACAUCUUCCUCUACAACGCUUAGUCCCGAAACUACAUCGUUCUCUGCAACGUUUAUUCCGGAAACUACAUCUUCUUCUACGAUACUUAGUCCAGAAACUACAUCGUUCUCUUCAACGUCUAUUCCGAAACCUUCUAAACCGAUGAUAACUACAUCGGAAUAUGACGAUGGUAUAUGUGCAAAUGCAACUUGGAAUUCAUAUGGUAUAACAGUUGCUGGUGGAAAUGGUCAAGGAUCUGAAUUAAAUCAGCUUAAUCAUCCUAUGGGAAUAUUUAUUGAUGAAAAUUCUUCUAUUUAUAUUGCUGAUACUCAUAAUAAUAGAAUAAGUAAAUGGAUAUUAGGAGCAUCUCAAGGUGAAAUUGUUGUUGAAGCAAAUAAUUCAAAGAAUUAUGUUUCAAGUGUUGUUGUUGAUAAAAAUCAAACAAUUUAUUUAUGUGAUAGAUUUAAUAACCGUAUAGUACGAUGGUUGAAAAAUGCUCUUACAGAAGAAGUAAUUCUUUCAAAUAUUUCAUGUUGGGGUUUAGCAUUAGAUAAACAAGGUUCGUUAUAUAUUUCUGGUCAUGAAGAUAAUCGUAUUAUUAAAUGGCCAGCAAAAGAAAUAGUUGCUGGUGGAAAUGGAGAAGGAAAUCAAAAUGAUCAGUUAUCAAGUCCUUAUCAAAUAUUUAUUGAUGAUAAACAAACAAUUUAUAUUGCAGAUUAUUUUAAUCAUCGAAUUAUGAAAUGGUUCAAUGAUGAUUUACAAGAAGGACUUAUUGUUGCUGGUGGAAAUGGUUAUGGAGAUGGUUUAGAUCAAUUAAAAUUACCUCAUUCAGUUAUUGUUGAUCAAAUGGGAACAAUGUAUAUUGUUGAUUUUGGUAAUAAUAGAAUUUUACGUUGGUUUAAACAUUCGAAAUCAGGAAGAAUUUUAAUUGGAAAUGAUGAACCAGGAAAUGAUGCAAAUCAAUUAUCUGAUCCAUAUGAUAUAGCAUUUGAUAGAGAAGGUAAUUUAUAUGUCGCUGAUACAUCAAACCAUCGAAUUCAAAUGUAUCGUAUUGAUAAAAGUGCAUGUACAACAAAUGAAUUGUGA